AUGCAUUACCUUCGCUAUAUCGCCCUCGUGCUCAUGAGCACCAUGGGUGCGCUGGGAGUCGACGUGACUGCGACAGUGAACGGAACCGAGAUUCAACAAGCAGCUGACCAGCUUCUCUCCUUCUUCCCUAGCGCAACCCCAUUCACGGCUAACUUUACGGCCCCUGGCGGAAACCUCAUCCAGCCACCUUCCUCUAUCAUCAACGACAUCAUUACCGGAAUCCCUCCGACGGUGCUCGCCCAGCUCCUGAUCCCUACUGCCCGCAGCUCGAUCGCCUCGGAGUUCCAGGCCGGAAACACUCCGGACUGGUACAAUGAGCUGCCCUCGGAAGUGAAAAGCUAUGUCGCUGCAAUCAGGUCCCAAGUAGGAGCCGGAAAUGUCAAUCUUAGCGCCACACCAACCCCGGCGCCCUCUUCCUCUUCUGAGGAUAGCGAUAGUGGCGACAGCGGUAGCGGAGACAGCGACAGUGGCGACUCGCCCGCUUCAGAGACAUCUUCCGGACUGGGUGCCCGUGCUACUGGCGAGGUUGCCGCCAGCCUGGUCAGCAUUAUUGGUCUUGCUGGAAUUGUGGCGAUGCUGUAG